AUGACUGACAGGUCUAAAGACGAUCAAUCGUCUGAAGUCCUAAAGAAUUUUGCAACAGCCGAGCAUGAUGAAACCGUCGGCACCAUCGAGUCCACCGAUGUGGCCUACAGCGCGGGCGGAAUUAGCGAUCUUUUCCGCUCAUGGUAUGUCUUUGGCUCGGCGGCGCUGGCAUCCCUUGGAGGGUUCUCCAUGGGAUACAAUAUGGGUGUGAUUUCUAUCGUCAAUGUGAUGAAACAGUUCCAUCAAGCCUUUCCUCGCUCCGAAUCAGCCUUCGGAAAGGGCCUCAUGACCGGUAUGAUGUUACUCGGCGCCUUCACCGCAGCCCAGAACUACGACAUGCUCGUGGCAGGUCGCUUCAUCGGUGGGAUUGGUGUAGGCACCCUAGCCAUGGCGCCCCCCUCUACAUCUCCGAAGUCUUCCCCCCCCCCCGAACUCCGCGGCAUCCUCCUCGUCCUCGAAUCCAUCUCCAUCACCCUCGGCGUCGCCAUCGCCUACUGGAUCACCUACGCCACACGCUUCGUCCCCAACGAAGUCUCCUUCCGUCUCCCCUUCGGCCUCCAAAUGCUCACCGCGACCAUCCUCGGCGUCGGCAUCCACCUCUUCCCCUACUCCCCGCGCUGGCUCGCCCUCGUCGACCGCCAAGACGACUGUCUCUCCAGCCUCUCCAAACUCCGCGGCCUCCCCCCCACCGACCCGCGCAUCCAGACCGAAUUCCCACACCAUCCUCUCCGAAAUCACCUACCAGCGCCUCGCCUCAAACUCGAGCUCGUCUCCUGGCUGGACCUCUUCUCGCGAGGCAUGUGGAAACGUCUCGCCGUGGGCUGUGGCGUCCCUUUCUUUCAACAAUUCUCCGGAAUCAACGCGUUCAUAUACUACGCGCCGACGCUCUUCGAAUCCCUAGGCCAAUCAGACGACAUGUCGAAGAUCUUAUCCGGCGUGUUUGAUCUCAUUCAGGUUGUUGCAGCCGUGUUAUGCGCGUUCAUCAUCGAGAAAGUCGGCCGCAGGGCCCUCGCUAUCUACGGCGCGUUCGGCAUGGCUCUCGCGUACAUCAUCAUCGCCAUCCUAUCAGGCCUCUACUCAGAUAAUUGGGAAAAUCAUGUCGCGGCGGGCUGGGCCUGCGUGGCCAUGGCGUUCAUUUUCAUCUUAGUCUAUGGAGUAUCGUAUUCUCCGCUAGGAUGGGCCUUACCGGCAGAGGUAUUCCCCAAUGCGUGUCGAUCGAAAGGCGUCGCGUUGGCGACGUGUACUAUCUGGUUGGCGGAUUUUGUUGUUGGGAUUGUGACCCCGUCUAUGUUGGCGGAUAUUGGGUAUCGGACGUAUGUGUUUUUUGCGGUGAUGUGUACGGUGGCGGGCGUGGAGGAGAGGAGGAUUGUGAGGGAGGCCAUGGUCGCGGCGGGGGAUUUGGGGGGUGUUUAG